AUAAUGAAAGGAAUUGCGAAUUCGAGCUGUAACUGGAUACAUUUUGAUAUUGACUAGACGUGUAAAUAUAUGACAUACGUUUAUGUGUGUUUUAAAUAAACAAAUUUAGGUGUUUUUGAAAUAGCCAGAAGUAAAUAAUAUGAUUACUGGUUAAUACUUAUAUUUAAGUUGAUCGGAUAUGUGUGUGUACUUUGUUUAAUGUUUAUUAAUUCCAUUACUUGAUUCAGGUAAUAUCAAUCUUAAAGCAUUAUAUGGAUAUUUGUAACGUUUGUUCAUUUCAUUAAAAUGGAAGUGUCGGGGAAAUCAGCCAACUUAAGUACGUUGAAAGAUAUAAAGGAAACAUUGUGCGAGCCAUGUAAGGAAGAAAACAUUUCUAGAGCGGCAGGUGGAAUUUGUAAGCAAUGUGAAGAAUACAUGUGCUGCAUUUGCUUUAAAAAUCACCAUGCAGCACGGUCGUGUAGAAAGCAUGAAUUUAUAGAUAGCAAAGGGUUGCAAAUUGAAGUUCCUAAUGUGGGCGACAAUGAUCAUUGUGAAGUAUGUAGCAAGCAUAAGAGUGAGAUAAUAAAGUAUUACUGUCGGCGCCACGACGAUGUCGCCUGCGGAGAAUGCAUGCUGCUGGGCGAACACAAGGGCUGCUCUCCAGAACUGAUAAGAUGUUUGGCCAAUAAUUUCCAAAAAAAUGAUGAGUUCAAAGGUUUAACUGAAAGAAUUGAUAAUCUCAAAACUAGGACAGGUUUUACUACCAAUUUGAUAAAACUAGCAACGGAGAAAAACUCAAAAAUAAACGAAGACGCACUGACAGACAUUAAAAUGUUUAUGAAUGAUAUAAGAGAGGUUAUAAACGAAACAGAGCAAGAUUUGCUUUCGAAAGUAAGCGAAAUUUAUCUACAAAAUGAAGAAACCCUUAGCAGUAUGGCAAGAAUAUAUGAAUCUACUGAAACAAAAUUAGAAUCAGUCAAACGGGAUAUAAACCCAUUAAUUUGCUCAGAAAAUGCUCUCUUUAUAAAAAUGGUUAAAUACAAACGAACACUAGUUGGCAUUGAAAAUAUAUGUUCUGAAACUUUAAAAAAUACUACUGUUAAUAGAUUUGAAUUAAGAAAAGAUGACAUACUUCUUAAUAAGCUGAAAUCUUCGGGGUCGUUUGGAACAAUAUCAAGUGUUGUUCAGCAGAUAUUUGGAAAUCAAGAUAGUGGGUCAGGCUUUAACAAUGAGCACGGCGAUGACGACAACAGGUUCAAUGCCGCUGCUCAUGAAGAUAUGCUGCCGAUGGUACGGCGGGAAUGUCGUUUAUCAAACCUGAAGCUGUUGAAGAACGGACCAAAACAGUUAGGGGCUAGAGGUGAUGACACAUCCCGUCUCGACAUAUCGGCAAAACGUUGUGCAGACGCAAAAGAGAAAAGAAAGAGCCAGGAAGCAACGAAAUCAGGGCCUGAGCUUGUGGCUGAUGACGUUUUGUAUUCGAUAAUUGAAAAGGAAAGACUAUCAGCUAGUGAAUGCUCCGAUAUGAAAUCAACUGGCAUCGACACUGUAAUUUGUUUAGACACUUCUACUAGUAUGGCUGGAAAACCACUUACAGCAGCAAUUGAUUGUAUUGAGAAAAUACUAGAUGGAUUCGAAACAAAUGCCAUCUACCAUGGUUUGGGAGAAAAUGUUGCCAUAGUAACGUUCGGAAAUGAAAAUAGAAUACGUCAUCAUCUAACGAAUGACUAUGGUUUGAUAAGAGAAGGACUUGAUAAUAUAGAGGCGGGAGGGCCUUCACCGCUUUGGCUUGGACUUGCACUUUCUCUGGCUGAAAUUAAGGAAAGGGGUGGCGCUUGUAUAAUGGAACCGAUGUCGGUGCUUCCAAGAAUUAUUCUGAUCACGGAUGGAUAUGCCUCACGAAAAAAUCUUCUAAAUGGUGACGAUAAUGGUGUAGUUGAUAAAAAGGUAAUUGGGGAAAUUGUCUCUUUGAUGAAUACCUGCCCGUCCUUUACAAGUUACUUGGAAUGUAUUAUACCCGGGAAAUGUCAUGAGGAAUUUCUGAAGGGGCUUACUAAUGGACGAAUGUACACGUCGGAUGAUACAGAGUCCAUAACAGAUUUUUUCAAAAUUCAAGAGAAAGCAAAUACAAUUAUAAAACAAGUAAUCAGUGCUGAAAUGGACCGAGCUAAAAUAGAUGAUGCUAUAGAAAAUUGCGAAUUGAACGAUAAAGGAAAGGAGGAUCUAAGACAAAUUAUAUCAGCUAGUUUCCCGUCAAAUGAUCAACAGCCUGCAAAAAUGGAAACGGAUGGAACCAGUAAAGACGCUCGGGCAACGUCUACUGCCACAGACAAGAGUGAACAUGCAGAACGACCUAUGACAGACCGCGAUGGACAACUUGAUUCUGUACCACCCGAAUCAAUUGAUUUGUCAGACGAUGUAAAAUCGUCUCCGUUUGGUUCUGCAGUCGUAUCGAAUCCAAAAUGGAUUUGUCAUGCAACCAGACAAAAUUUUACUGGCACGGUUGUUGGUCCCCGAAGGAAAGGUUUGUUGAAAGUUUUAUGGUCAGAUGGUUCUAUAGUAAAAUGCAAGUUUGGAAUUAACGGUCAGUAUGAUAUUCUCAUGUCCGAGGACCAAAGUAUUGACUGCAGUAAGCUAAAAAUUGGAUCUAUUGUUGUCAGAGGUAAAGAUUGGCGAUGGAAGGACCAAGAUGGGGGAGAAGGAAAUGUUGGCGUUGUGACGAAAAUAGAUGGCCCUGUAGUCCAUGUUAUCUGGUCGCAUGGCGGUCCAGGAAAUUACCGGUAUGGCUUUAACAAAAAGUUUGACCUAACACUAUGCAAAUACCGCAGUGGGAUGCAUUUUGCCUGGCAUAUAACGGAUGCGGAAGAUGGUGAACAGUGGAAAAGAUUACCUAAAAAUGUCAAUGACAGCAUUGAGGAGAUGUAUAAGACAAAACAUACUGGAACGUUCUGUGUAUUAAUGGAUACGCAGUCGUUAAGAAUUUCUAUUCAGAACCUACAAGCUAGGAAUACUAAUACACAGACAGCGUAUAACUUGGAGAGGAGAGAAAUGUCAAAUGAAGAAUGGUUGGCAGUGAACAAUGAACAAUAGUGCAUGUUCGAUCAUCGAAACUGAAUGCAGUUACAAAACAUAUAUCAAUCAAGCACCAUCUAUAGUUGACGAAAAAUAUAUUAUGUUUUCUAAUAACGUUUAUGUUAUUAGAUUUGAGUAACAUACUUUAAUGAUACUUAACUAACUUUUUGUUGCUUUUUGUUUGUGAUUUUAAUAAAGAAAUCCAGCAUGUAAGAAAAAAAAAUACUCCGGUCAGCUGUAGGAUGACCUAACAUUAUACCGGUUGUUUACUUUCCUGAAUACUGAAAGCGUCCAGAGACUUUAACACAAGGUACCUUUGAAUUAAACAGACGUUUUCAUUUAAAAUUGAACCUUCUGUGUACGCGCUCAAAGUUUUGCAUACAUUUGCAUACUUAUUAUUAAGCACCUUAAACUUAUCAUACACUGGAAAACAAAGCACUGUUUGACGUUUUUUAGUCUGUAACAGUUUCAGUAAUAUUCAGAUUUCUUCAAAAUGGGAGUGUGUGUAAACAAUAUCAUGGUAAAUUUUCUGUAAUCUAGUUUGUCUCAUUUCACAUACUAUUUCACAUAUACAUAUGUACUUAAUCAAUUAACGAGUUCAUUUAAGUUUUAUUUUUAAGGGGUCUAUGUCAUUGAACAUAGUAUUCUAACUUCAUAAAUCAUAUUUUUAUUGUGUUGUAGUCAUGAUUUUAACUGUUUAUUUUCCUUUCUAAAAGGGUGUAUCUUUACUAAUAAUUUUGUGAGGACCGUAUUGAUUUGACUCCUGUUGUAACUUGUGAGGGCCAUUAUUCAUUUAAUGUUGAUACUAUUACAAGUUAUCGUAUCAUAUAUUCAUAUUUUUAUUGUGGGCAACAUAAAAGUGUAAAUGCAAGGUUUAAGUCUUCUCAAAGAGUUUUAUUAUUCAUAAAUAUUUUAUAUGGAUCAUUGAAAUGUCAACCAUAUUGAAAAUUUUGUAAUUUCUAUUGAUUCCUUUUAUUUAGUCAAUGAUAUUACAAAACAUCAAAGCAAUCCCCCACAGCCCAACAGCUUCAUCUGUGUUUAUAACUAAAUAAGUGGUAGUCUGUAAUAAGCCAAGAAAUUAUGAACAUAAUGACAAACUAGUGGAAGUUUAAUUAUCAUUUCAGUCCUACGCAUUAACCCAAGGUCUCCAGUUUUCCCAUAAAACUAUCUCUGAUGAAUUUGUAAUUAUAAUGACAUGGCUUGUUACCGUAUUGAUAAAAGUGUGUGUAUCUAAUGGCGCGCUGCAUCUUCAGAAUUUUGAUGUUUCAACUUUAGGGCUUUUAGAUAAGAGUACAGAGGACCAAUUAGUGAUGACAAGAUCCUCAACUCAAUAAACGUGUAUUAACAUUGGGGAGAUAUACAGUUAAUAGUGAUUUACUUACUGAUAAGCCCUUUCUAAAAUUCAGCAGAUCUCUAAAGUUAAUGUGUAGGACUGAUUUACCUUAAUCACACUCUCAAAAUAUAUUUAUGGUGAAAUAUUUGUUUGAUUUAGACUUUUUCCUCAAAAUAUUUGUUUGAUCAUUUUUGUCAUGGACUGUAUGUUGUGAUUGAUGAAAACUCAAAAUAAACUUUUUUCACAAGG